AUGAGCAUCCCGUCAGGCUUGAAGCGGUUCCUCUCCUGCUUCCCUGCGAGAUCCAGCAGCGUCACGGGCGCCACCGUCUCCGAUCCCGACGGCGAGGACAUCAUCAGCGGCCUGCCCGACGAUGUGCUGUCCAGCAUCGUCUCCCUCCUCCCGAUCAACGACGCAGCGCGCACGGCGGCGCUCUCCUCCCGGUGGCGCGAUCUCUGGGCUUCCAACCCGCUCGUCCUCGACGACAUCGACCUCCUCCUCAACAACCCCAGCCACGUCGGCGCGGUAACCUCCACCGUCUCCCACGCCAUCACCGCCCAUCCGGGCCCCUUCCGCUCCGUGAAGCUGACGUGCUACUUCAGCGACGCCGACGAGAGCACCCUCCACCACUGGAUCCGCGUGCUCGCCGCCAAGGGCGUCACGGAGCUCGUCCUGAACAACAUCCCAUGGGCGGGGCUCGACCUGCUCCCCUGCGCGAUCCUCGAGUGCCGCUCGUUGCAGCGCCUCCGGAUCUCGGAGUGGCGGUUCCCCGACACGUCCGGCGCCGCCGCCGUCCUCCGGCAGGGAGUGGCGGCGCUGCCCCGCCUGCGGGAGCUCGUCCUCAGACGGAGCAUCAUCCAGGAGCAGGACCUCGAUCGCGUGCUGGCGAGUAGCCCAAAGCUUAAGAACCUCGUCUUCGUGCUCAGUCGUGGCGCGCCCGCGCAGGUGCGCCUCAGCAGCCGGAGCCUCUGGUGCGUUGUGUUCUGGCAGUCCGUGGUGGAGGAGCUCGCUGUCGUUGCCGCGCCGCUGCUGGAGCGGAUCAUCCUCCGAACGUCAUCAUCACCAUGUGGCAUCAAUGGAAAGGACGGCAGUUGCAUGAGGAUCAAGAUCAGCAGUGCGUCCGUGCUCCAGGCAUUGGGGUACCUGAAUCCCAACUAUCACGAGCUGCAGAUUGGAGACACAGUCGUUAAGGUUGGGAUGAAGGUUGUGCCCGAUGCUGUGGUUCCAAGCGUCAAGAUAUUAGCACUGUCUAUUCAAUUUGGAGUUCCCAAUAAAGCAAGGAUGAUGUCCUGCUUCCUUCGAUGUUUCCCAAACAUUGAAACUAUGCAUAUUCAGUCUAUUCCAGAUCGUGGAGCCACUAGCAAGAAUGGGAAUUCUGACUUUUGGAAUGAAAUUGAUUCAGUUAAGUGCAUCAAGGAAAGUAUCAAUAAAGUAGUAAUUCAUGGGUUCCGGUGGGAGAAUUGUGAGAUCGAAUUCCUCAAAUCUAUUCUGGAAGGAGGAAACGUGCUUCAGAAAAUCUACAUUUUACAAGAUAAAAAUGUUACUGUUUCAGAGGGUGCAAUAAAUGGUACACUGAGCUUACUGGCCUCACUGAAGAAGAAGGGCGUUAUUGCCCUGAUGAUCUUGGCAGGUCAAGAUGGCAUCUGGUCGUAUGAAAUGGCUUCUGAUGUUUCUCGCAAUGACCCAUUUGAUUGCCAGAGUUGA